AUGUCAUUACCUACCAAACCCUAUAAAAAAAAUAAAAAAAAGGAUGAUAAAAUCGAAACACCCAAAGAACAAUCAUUAGAUGUUCCCUCACCAAAAGUGGAUGAGAUUCCUACAAAAAAAAAUUACACGAAAAUUAAAAUAUCGGAACCUUUACAGCGAAAAGAUGUACGAAAAAGAAAACCACAACGUCCCGCAACCGUAACAACAGAUAUUUAUGUUUCUACUAGAUCAAAUUUUAAUGGACAAUUAUUUAGAGCCAAAAAACUUUUAAUGACAGAUGGUCAUCCUUCAAUAACAAUUCAUGGAUUAGGAGCAGCUAUACAAAACACAGUGCAAAUAGUUGAUGAUAUUAUACCGGAUGAUGAUGAUAAAGAUAUUGAAUCACAGACCAGACAUAAUUCUGCUGUUCAUAUUCAAGUUUCUCUAAAGGAAGAUGUUAAAAGAUAUGUUUCGAAUAAAAGGAACUUUCCAUCCGCUAAAAGAUAA